AAGUUGGACAUUCGAUUUACAUAGAAGAAGUAGCAGCAUUUUGUAGCGGUAAUGAAAGAGCAGCGUGCUAUUUCUAAAUUGAGAAAAUAACUAUACUACUUUUAGAAACUGUUGAAAUUCACGGCGAGCAUUGGUUAAUUUCUGCAAGGUAGCUGGUGUGUGGCGGAAAAAUGGCACUGGUUUGUGCAAUUUCCAACGAGGUGCCGGAGCACCCCGUGCGUCUCUCCGGUGUCCAACCAGGUGUUGAGCGCAGACUGAUCGAGAAAUACAUCGCAGAGAACGGAACGGACCCGAUGAAUGGUCAGCCGCGUUCUGAGGAACAGCUCGUAGAUAUCAAAGUUUCCCAUCCUAUUAGACCAAAGGCACCAUCAGCAACGAGUAUCCCUGCAAUCCUCAAGUCUCUUCAAGAUGAGUGGGAUGCUGUUAUGCUUCACAGUUUCACAUUGAGGCAGCAACUGCAGACUACUCGCCAGGAACUGUCACAUGCUCUCUACCAACAUGAUGCUGCGUGCAGAGUCAUCGCUCGCCUCAACAAAGAGGUCACUGCUGCCAGAGAAGCUCUUGCAACACUCAAACCUCAAGCUGGUUUGGUUGCCCCACAGGCUGUCCCUGCAUCUCAACCUGCUGCAGCAGGUGCUGGUGGAGAGCCUAUGGAGAUUAGUGAACAGGUUGGAAUGACUCCAGAGAUCGUUCAGAAGCUGCAAGACAAGGCUACAAUCCUCACCACGGAGAGAAAGAAGAGAGGAAAGACUGUCCCAGAAGACCUGGUUAGAGUUGAGGACCUGAGCAAAUACCGCCAAGUGGCCUCCCAUGCUGGCCUCCACAGUGCCAGUGUUCCUGGUAUUUUGUCUCUGGAUCUGUGUCCAUCAGACACCAACAAAGUGCUCACCGGUGGAGCCGAUAAGAACGUGGUGGUGUUUGACAAGAAAGAGGAGCAGAUUGUGGCGACACUUAAAGGACACACCAAGAAGGUCACCUCUGUCAUUUACCAUCCCUCCCAGUCUGUGGUGUUCUCUGCAUCUCCGGACGCCACCAUCCGAGUCUGGUCCGUCACUGGGGGCAACUGUGUCCAGGUGGUGCGUGCCCACGAGGGUGGUGUUACUGGGCUCUCCCUGCAUGCAACUGGGGAUUACCUGCUCAGCUCCUCUGAGGAUCAGUACUGGGCCUUUUCUGAUAUCCAGACCGGUAGAGUCCUCACCAAAGUUACUGAUGAAAGUGCCAGCUGUGCUCUUACUUGCGCUCAGUUCCACCCUGAUGGUCUCAUUUUUGGCACGGGAACGGCUGAUUCCCAAAUAAAGAUCUGGGAUCUGAAGGAGCGCACCAACGUAGCUAACUUCCCUGGUCAUGCCGGGCCGGUCACAUCCAUUGCCUUCUCUGAGAACGGAUAUUAUCUGGCCACAGGUGCUCAGGAUAGCUCUCUGAAACUGUGGGAUCUGAGGAAGCUAAAGAACUUCAAGACCAUCACACUAGAUAACAACUAUGAGGUGAAGUCCCUCGUGUUUGAUCAGAGUGGUACUUACCUGGCUGUAGGAGGCUCUGACAUCCGAGUUUACAUCUGCAAACAGUGGACUGAGGUCCUCAACUUCACCGAACACUCAGGCUUGGUGACUGGGGUGGCUUUUGGAGAGAACGCUCAGUUCCUGUCCUCAGCAGGAAUGGACAGAAGUCUCAAAUUUUAUAGUUUGUAGAAAAAGAUAAAUUCAGGAAGUCAUGGAAAUGAUGAAUCGUCUUCAUGUCUGAGCAGCCUACCAUUGACAUCAUGGAGGGGUGAUAUUACUGCUAACUGCUCUUCUUAAUUGUUAGUGCAUCUGUUCAGGAAAAUGUCUCAGAAAAUACUAAAGUGAACUAUUUGAAACCAUUAAAGGUUUCAAAUGUCAAGUUCAUAUUCACAGUUUAAAAUGUAAACAAUGGGAAGAAAUGCAAAAAUCAGUAUAGUUCUUCUGCCGUAUUUUCAAGCAGUUAUGGUGUUUAUUGGUCUUUUAUGUUUUUGUCUGUUGAGGUUCUUAAUUUGCUUACAUUCAAAAUGACAGCAAAUCUUUGCUUUUUAUUAGUGUAGAUCACUUUCAGUAGUUAUAGGAAGAAAUGAAAUCUGUAGUGACACCAGAGCAAGAUGAGCAGGUGUAUGAGCGUUUCAAUUUUCAUUUCGUUUUAAGCUUAAGUAACUGUUACUUAAUUUCAUUUCUCAUUUUAUUUGUUCUACUUAAGCUUUUUUUUUUUCCUCAGUUCUGUUUCUUGACAUCCUGUCUGCUGGGCCUCUGCUUUUACAGUAAAAUAAAAUAUCUUUUUGUACUUC